AUGAGAUUCGUCCGCUCGCUCAUCGGCAACCAGGGAUGCGUUCUUAGUAAGCCCCCGGAGCAGACCAACCAGAUCACAGCUUACGUGGACGGGUCAGCUGUCUACGGGUCGGACGAGGAGCAGAAGGAGCAGCUGAGACUCCACCGCGGAGGUCAGCUCAAGGUCACCGCGAGUCCGACCCCGGGACACGGCAGCCUCCUCCCGUUCCUCGACUGCGAGCCCGAGGAAGGGAUGGUGACCGGAGGGCAGUGUUUCAGAGGAGGUGACGUCCGCGUGAAUGAGCAACCUGGCCUGGCUUCCAUGCACACUCUGUGGACCCGAGCUCACAACACGCUGGCAACUCAGCUGUCUGUGGUCAACCCUCACUGGAACGACGAGCGACUUUAUGAGGAAACGAGACGGAUAAUCGGCGCUCUGAUCCAACAAAUCACGUACAGAGAUUUCCUUCCAAUCAUUUUAGGAGAUGGAUUAAUGAGGGAAUUUGAGCUGUAUCCUCUCACUGCAGGAUACAGCACUGCCUACAACCCCUCAAUUGAUGCGUUUGAUUGCGCUGUGUGGGUAUUAGCUGUAUUUCCAUAUUUUCCUGAAAGAGCAGACCAUUUGCAGUUCGGUCACACCCUGGUCGACGACAUGCUCCGGGGCGCAGGAACCUCCAUCCCUCUUGUGGGGAACUUCUUCAACCCGCGGCCCCUGUUCCAGUUCCAGACGAGGCCCACCGCGUUGCUAGGGGGUCUUGCAUCUGCACUUGCACAGCCGGCCGACGCCUACCUCGUCCCCUCUCUGACGAAUGACCUUUUCAAGCAGAGUUCUGACCCGGUUGGGAUGGAUCUGAUGGCCCUCAAUAUCCAGAGAGGGCGCGACCACGGCAUCCCGCCUUACACAGCCUGGCGGAGGGGCUGCAACCUCCCCGUGCCGACCUCCGUCAAUGACCUCGCCCAGAUCAUGUCCCCGGCGGUGGCACAGGUCUUCCAGAGGCUGUAUCCGUCAAUAGACGAGAUCGACCUGUUCCCGGCAGGCUUGGGAGAGAAGGCUGUGCCCGACGGCCUGCUCGGACCGACCUUCACCUGCAUCAUCGCCCACCAGUUCGCACGACUCAAGCGGGGAGACCGGUUCUGGUUCGAGAAUCCCAACCAGCCGAGGCCUUUUACUGAAGCUCAACUGGCUUCCAUCCGGCGAAUAGGCCUAUCCUCAAUUAUUUGCCAGAACAGCAAUCUCGAAUUCAUGCAGCUCAACCCUUUCAUUUCUGCCGAUAUUCGUGGGAACGAGCCCCGCCCCUGCGCCGCCUUCCCCUCCUUAGACCUGUCCUUGUGGAGGGAAGGAGGCACUACUGACCCUACGCCCUAUCCGCCGACCGAGCCCCCGUCUUACUACCUCCCUGUCCCCCCAUCCGGCAGACCCCAAGGUAGGUGCAGAGGCGCAGGCGCGUGGCGCGGGGUCCCUGGCAUGGCCCGCUGGUGUGACCUAAACUGCUACCACACUGACUCUUACUGCCCGCCCCCCCACUGCCAAUGUUCCUAA